CAGUUUGCUCAUUUUAUCAUAGAAUUCGGCUAGAGAAAAUAAAAAAUGGAUACGAAAAUAAAGGUACAACAGGCCCUCAAAGCUAAAGUGAUGCUCUGGACAGAUGUAAACUACCACGACAUGGAGGAGAUCGACAACAUGCAGUCAAUUCCCGACCUGGAGAGUGUUUUAUGCAACGUGCUUGGAGUUUACCUUCCUGAACCAAAAAGAGGAGUUCUGCUGGAGUUGUAUGUCCAGACUGUGCUUUUUUGCAGAGAGUGCAGCUUCAAAAAGGAACAAACUUCUGCUCUGCUGUCCAUCAUCAAGUCCAUUCAUGAGGCUAACAUAGAAACACCACUCAACAACAUAGAACAGUGUUAUGGAUACUGCAAAGAGCUGCUGCUCUGUCACUCAGUCAGGCGACCUCCCUUUAGUAUCAACCUCUUCAGCUCUAAGGAGGUGAACUGUAUCUUUAAGUACAUCCAAAACAGCUAUAUGAGACACUACAAACUCUACAAAUAUAUCUUCACUCCUCAAGUUAAACUUGAUUUGUCUUUGACCUACUCGGGGAUCCCAGACCAUGAGGAUUCUUCUGCUCCAGAAGGAGCAGAAGCUUUACCAAAGAAAGACAGUUCUCCUGAAACAAAUGAAACAUCCAUCACGGACGCAGAGGAAACCACACUCGGUCCCGCUUCAGCUAUGAAGGCACUGAUAGAGAAAGAAGUCAGAGAGCAGAUGAUGCUUUUGUCUGGACAACUAGAUCAGCGAAUUAAAGAAAUUGCAGAUCAGUACAACCGCGCAUUAGAUUCUCCACAGCCCAACCACAAGGCCAAAAAAUAAUAGAUCAUGAAAGUUUGGUUUGGC